AUGGGGGACAAGGAAGAAGUCCUUGAGGCUGUUCUGAAAGAAACUGUGGAUCUGGAAAAUGUGCCUAUUGAAGAAGUUUUUGAGAGUCUGAGAUGUAGCAGAGAAGGUCUUACUACAGAAGCUGCUGAUGAAAGGCUUGCUCUCUUUGGGCAUAACAAGCUUGAAGAGAAGAAGGAAAGCAAAUUCUUGAAAUUUUUAGGGUUUAUGUGGAACCCUCUUUCUUGGGUGAUGGAAGCUGCUGCAAUCAUGGCUAUUGCACUUGCUAAUGGAGGAGGGAAGCCUCCUGAUUGGCAAGACUUUGUUGGUAUUAUUACUCUGCUUGUGAUCAAUUCCACCAUCAGUUUCAUUGAGGAGAACAAUGCAGGGAAUGCUGCUGCUGCUCUCAUGGCACGUCUUGCCCCCAAAGCAAAGAUUCUUCGAGAUGGAAGGUGGGGUGAGCAGGAUGCUGCAAAUCUUGUUCCGGGUGACAUAAUCAGCAUCAAGCUUGGAGAUAUCGUUCCAGCUGAUGCUCGCCUUCUCGAGGGUGAUCCCCUUAAGAUCGAUCAGUCUUCUCUUACUGGUGAAUCUCUCCCAGUAACCAAAGGUCCAGGGGAUGGUGUGUAUUCUGGCUCUACUUGCAAACAGGGAGAGCUUGAAGCAGUUGUGAUUGCAACGGGAGUCCAUACCUUCUUUGGAAAGGCUGCGCAUCUUGUUGAUACGACCAACCAAGUUGGCCAUUUUCAACAGGUCUUAACUGCUAUUGGGAAUUUCUGUAUCUGUUCUAUUGCAGUGGGGAUGCUGAUUGAGAUUGUCGUGAUGUAUCCUAUUCAACACCGAGCAUAUCGUCCUGGAAUUGAUAACCUUCUUGUGCUUCUCAUUGGGGGUAUCCCGAUUGCCAUGCCUACAGUUCUGUCUGUGACCAUGGCCAUUGGUUCUCAUAGAUUAUCUCAGCAGGGAGCAAUCACCAAGAGGAUGACAGCUAUUGAGGAAAUGGCUGGCAUGGAUGUGCUUUGCAGUGACAAGACAGGAACUUUAACAUUGAAUAAACUUACUGUCGACAAAAAUCUCAUAGAGGUUUUCACGAAAGGAGUGGAUGCGGAUACUGUCGUCCUAAUGGCAGCUCAAGCCUCGAGACUGGAAAACCAAGAUGCCAUAGAUGCUGCUAUAGUUGGGAUGCUUGCUGACCCUAAAGAGGCACGAGCUGGUAUUCGAGAGGUUCACUUUCUUCCAUUCAAUCCAACUGAUAAGAGGACAGCUCUUACAUAUAUUGACAGUGAUGGUAAAAUGCAUAGGGUCAGCAAAGGUGCACCUGAGCAAAUCCUAAAUCUCGCCCACAAUACAUCAGAAAUUGAGCGAAGAGUCCAUGCUGUUAUAGAUAAGUUUGCUGAACGGGGUUUGCGAUCUCUUGCUGUGGCAUACCAGGAAGUUCCGGAAGGGACAAAGGAAAGUGCUGGAGGCCCUUGGCAAUUUGUGGGUCUCAUGCCUCUUUUUGACCCACCUAGGCAUGACAGUGCCGAGACAAUUAGAAGAGCUUUAAAUCUUGGGGUGAAUGUCAAAAUGAUCACAGGGGAUCAGUUGGCUAUAGGAAAAGAGACCGGACGUCGUUUAGGGAUGGGAACCAACAUGUACCCUUCAUCUGCUUUACUUGGACAGAACAAGGAUGAAUCUGUAGGAGCCUUACCCAUUGAUGAUCUCAUUGAAAAGGCAGAUGGCUUUGCUGGCGUCUUCCCUGAGCAUAAAUAUGAGAUAGUGAAGCGGUUACAAGCAAGGAAGCAUAUAUGUGGAAUGACGGGUGAUGGAGUGAAUGAUGCGCCUGCUCUUAAAAAGGCUGAUAUUGGCAUUGCAGUUGCUGAUGCAACUGACGCAGCCCGUAGUGCUUCGGAUAUUGUUCUUACUGAACCUGGUCUUAGUGUUAUCAUCAGUGCUGUCUUGACCAGUCGUGCUAUCUUCCAGAGAAUGAAAAAUUAUACAAUCUAUGCGGUUUCCAUCACAAUCCGUAUUGUUCUAGGCUUCAUGCUGCUGGCCCUCAUAUGGAAGUUCGACUUCCCACCCUUCAUGGUUCUUAUCAUCGCCAUAUUGAACGAUGGCACCAUUAUGACAAUAUCAAAAGACAGGGUGAAGCCUUCCCCUCUUCCAGAUAGCUGGAAACUGUCAGAGAUUUUUGCAACCGGCGUUGUGUUUGGAACAUACAUGGCAAUGAUGACAGUUAUUUUCUUCUGGGCUGCAUAUAAAACAGACUUCUUCCCGCGAACUUUCGGAGUUUCGACCCUUGAGAAAACAGCACAUGAUGAUUUCCGGAAGCUUGCCUCAGCAAUAUACUUACAAGUCAGCAUUAUAAGUCAGGCGCUUAUCUUCGUGACCCGAUCACGCAGUUGGUCUUAUGUAGAACGUCCUGGGAUGUGGCUUGUGAUAGCAUUUAUCGUUGCACAAUUGGUGGCUACUCUAAUUGCAGUCUAUGCUAAUUGGAGCUUUGCUGCGAUAGAAGGGAUUGGGUGGGGAUGGGCCGGAGUCAUUUGGCUUUACAACAUCGUGUUCUAUAUUCCUCUUGAUAUCAUCAAGUUCUUGAUUCGAUACGCCCUUAGCGGCAGAGCCUGGGAUCUUGUUAUUGAACAAAGGAUUGCAUUCACGAGGAAGAAGGAUUUCGGGAAAGAACAAAGAGAGCUACAAUGGGCACAUGCACAGAGAACGCUGCAUGGCCUGCAAGCACCAGAUGCUAAGAUGUUCCCAGAGCGAACCCAUUUCAACGAGCUUUCCCAAAUGGCUGAAGAAGCGAAGAGAAGAGCCGAGAUCGCAAGGUUGCGGGAGCUUCACACACUCAAGGGUCAUGUUGAAUCCGUGGUGAGACUAAAAGGUCUCGACAUUGAAACCAUUCAACAAGCGUACACCGUCUGA